CUCUCCUCCUCGCGACCUACUUUGACGUCGAGUUGGCUCUUCUUCCACUUACAGCUCCGCUGAUCUCCAUUUUCUGUUCAUAACCUGCAAUUGAAGGGAGGGAAAUACAGCAAAAAUGAAUGAGGAGUACGAUGUAAUCGUUUUGGGAACCGGACUUACGGAAUGCAUUCUCUCAGGUAUAAUGUCAGUGAAUGGGAAGAAAGUCCUUCACAUGGAUCGCAACUCUUACUAUGGAGGUGAAAGUGCAUCUAUUACUCCACUGGACGAUCUCUACAAAAGAUUUUCUAUCCCCGGGAGUCCCCCAGAAUGUAUGGGAAAAGGAAGAGACUGGAAUGUGGACCUUGUUCCAAAGUUCCUUAUGGCUAAUGGUCAGCUGGUGAAGAUGCUGCUUUUGACCGAGGUGACCCGUUACCUUGACUUCAAGGUAAUUGAGGGAAGCUUUGUGUACAAAGGGGGCAGAAUUCACAAGGUCCCAUCUACUGAAACAGAGGCCUUAGCUUCAAGUUUAAUGGGAUUGUUUGAGAAGAGACGGUUCAGGAAAUUUUUAAUAUAUGUUGCAAACUUUGAUGAAAAUGAUCCUAAGACAUUUGAAGGUGUUGACCCGAAAAAGACAACAAUGAGAGAUGUAUAUAAAAAAUUUGACCUGGGCCAAGAUAUAAUUGACUUUACAGGUCAUGCACUUGCACUAUAUAGGACAGACGACUACUUAGACAAGCCAUGCCUUGAAUCAGUCAACAGAAUUAAGCUGUACAGUGAAUCUUUGGCCAGAUAUGGCAGAAGUCCAUACCUCUAUCCUCUCUAUGGUCUGGGAGAAUUGCCGCAGGGUUUUGCAAGAUUAAGUGCCAUUUAUGGAGGUACCUACAUGUUAAAUAAACCAAUUGAAGAAAUCAUUAUGGAAAAUGGAAAAGUAAUUGGAGUGAAGUCUGAAGGCGAGAUUGCUCGCUGUAAACAGCUGAUUUGUGAUCCAAGCUAUGUAAAAGACAGUGUAACCAAAUCGGGGCAGGUCAUUCGAGUCAUCUGUAUCAUGAAUCAUCCAAUCAAGAACACAAGUGAUGCCAAUUCAUGCCAAAUCAUCAUUCCACAAAAUCAAGUUAACAGGAGAUCUGAUAUUUAUGUAUGCAUGAUUUCCUAUGCACACAAUGUUGCUGCCCAGGGAAAAUACAUUGCAAUUGUCAGCACUACAGUGGAAUCAUCUGACCCAGAGAGGGAGAUCAAGCCGGCUUUGGACCUUCUCGAGCCUAUUGAACAAAAGUUUGUCAGUAUUAGUGAUCAGUUUUCUCCCACUGACUUUGGAACUGAAAGCCAGAUUUUCAUUUCCCGUUCUUAUGAUGCCACAACUCACUUUGAGACAACCUGUGAUGACAUCAAAGAUAUCUACAAAAGGAUGACCGGCUCAGAGUUUGACUUUGAAGAGAUGAAACGCAAGAAGACUGACAUCUUUGGGGAGACAGAGCAGUAAGAGGCUCCCAAUCACAACUGCAGAUCCUAACCUAAAUGAUGAUGGCUGAUUACAAUGCCUUGUGCCCAUUAAGGAAAUUACUGAACACUGCAUACAUUUACUUUGUGGGGGCCUGCUUUUUCUAAUCUCAUGUUGACAAGUAUUGCACUGAUUCUAGGUUAAUGUCCAUUAUUUUCCUGACAUCAUGUAUAUAUGACCGAUGUGGGUACUGCCCAAAAUGCCAAAUUCCACAAUGUUUUAUUUAAUUUACAUUGUGGCCAUUUAGUUUAUUUGCAGAGGUAAAGGAAAAAAAUGCUUUUUAUGUUUUAAUAAUAACAUGGUAUGUACAAUAUCAUUGUUGACAUAGGACAACCUUAAUGCAAGUGAAAAUAUUUUUGGUUAGUAAUACAUGGUCCUUUAUUGUAUAAAGAAUUUUGCAAAUGUGAUAACUGAAAACAGAGUGGGGAAAAAUCCUGGUUGAAAUGUCUUGAAAUAUAUCUAAAAAUCAGUGAUUAUCGGACCCAGUUUGCCAUGGCCUGACAUACGAUUGCCAAAUAAAGUAUUUAGCCAAAAGCGUGGACACAGCAUGAACGUGAGAGCCCACUCACAUCCAUCAUCUUUUGGGAGUGGAACAACAGCAACAACAACAGCAGCAGCAGGCACAGUGUGGCUGCACUCAGUGUAUGGACCAAAGUGCUGUGGCAAAGGAACAAAAUGAGAUGUUUUUAAAGGCUCUCUGAUUUCUAUACUGCAAAGUAAAGUCAGUCUUAAAAACUU